GUGUCUAUCUUAUACCUUGUCUGUGUCAGAAGUGUCAAACUAAUGGUUUUAGGCAUUAGGGAUAUAAGUAGGUGGCGCAGUUGUAUGAACAUAAUCCCGAUACAAUGGGUGUUCAAAAUGGAUGGUAGUUUAUGUGGAUAGAACAAUUUUAUAAUUCUUUAAUAGUAAAUACAUACAAAAUGACUGGAAUUAUGCAAGACGACAAUGAAUUAAAGAGGUUACUAGGUAAUCCAGCGAAAAAUGCCUGUGAGGAAGGAUCAAUGGCUCCGCCACAAACGACCAAUGUUCCUCGACCAAGUACAUCGCAGAAUAUGAAUCCACAGUUAAUGAUAAAUCCAAUGACACCAGUCAAUAGUUCAAAAGAAGUCAUAGAACCUUGUUUACAGAAUGUAGUUUCAACUGUUAAUUUAGGUGUAGAAUUAGCACUUAUGUAUAUUAAUACAAGAACUAGAAACUCUGAAUAUAAUCCAGCAAGGUUUACUGGUUUGAUUAUGAGGAUUCGUAACCCUAGAGCCACUGCACUAAUUUUUCAUUCUGGAAAAUUAGUAUGUACUGGUGCCAGAUGUGAAGAAGAUUCCUAUUUGGCGACAAGGAAGUUCGCUCGAAUAAUUCAGAAAUUAGGAUUUGCAGUAAAAUUUUAUAACUUUAAAAUACAAAAUAUAGUUGCAACUUGUGACUUAAAAUUUCCAAUUAAAUUGGAAAACUUAAAUCACAUACAUGGUCAGUUCUCUAGUUAUGAACCUGAACUUUAUCCUGGUCUUAUAUACAGAAUGGUAUCACCAAGAGUUGUGCUACUUAUAUUUGUAAAUGGAAAAAUUGUAUUAACAGGAGCAAAGAAUCGAACUGAAUUACAAGACGCUUUAAAUAAUAUAUAUCCAAUUUUGAAAAGUUUUAGGAAACAGUAAUAGCAUUUUGAAUUUUUAGUACUUUUUUACAUAUACAAUAAUUUUAUAAUAGUGUCUGAAAUUCAGCAUUUGCUAAAUAGGUGUUCUAAUCAGGUGUUUAAAUUAUGUCAUAAAUAUAAUUUAUUAUUACAAUAUCUGUUAAUUAUUAGUAAUUUAUAUAAAAGUGUUUUUUAUUAAUAGCGAACAAAGAAAUUGUAGCUUGACUAAUACAUAGCAGGAACUUAGUAUAAAAUUACAGUUUUAUGCAAUUGUUGUACAAAUAUUAUAUGUAAAGAGUAGGGUGACAGUUUUUGUACAUAAUUUAUAAAUAUUUUGUAUGCAGUGAAAUAAAUGUGAUCCAUUAUUUUAAAAUGUAUAUAUAUAUAUAUAUAUAUUUUUGAAUAAUGUAAAUAAUGAAAUUGUUAAUAGGCAUUAUAUUGUCUUAUGAAGGUAAAGGUACAAUUAAUAAUUACAGCACACUUAAACGAGUUAUUUGGGUAGUUUCUUCUCAUUUAAAUACAAGGGGUAAAAACCAUCUGGUGUUAUUCACAAUGGAUUAAGAAGUAUAUUUUUUAAGAGAUAUAUAAUUUAACAUCGUCUCGAAAAUAAUAUUUAUCGUUCAUAGAAAAACAAUAGUUUUUAAAAUGUUUAUAAUUUCAACAUAUAUCUUUUUAUACUACAUAGACUAUACAGUUUUCAAAAACAAUAUAUUUGUAAGAUGUUAUUUAAUUCAUGUUUGAAUACAUACUGUUCACAUGAUCUAUGAUUUUUUUGUGUACUCAUACAGGUACAUAAUUAUCUUUGGAACAAUGAUGAUCGGUUUUGAGAGAAAAACUCGUAUUAUGUAAAUCAUGUGUUCAUCCGGUUUAGGUUAUCACAUUACAUCCAUAGUAACAGCACAAUAUUAAAAUAUUUAUAAUCUUAAUUAGCACCUGACCUUUAUGAACCAUAUUAUUUAUCUAAUGGGUUACAGAUAUGAUGGAUUACGAUCGAUAUACUUUGAAAUAUUUUAAUUUAAUAUUCUUGGUUCGUUUUUUAAAACCCUUUUUUCUAUGAAUAAUUCACGUCCCUUAGUACAUCACAUUUAUACCUUUUUUUGCUGCAAUAGGUAACUUCUCACCUCUGAAAAACGGAUUUUCUUCCUGAAAUGAAAAUUUUUGUAGCAUACAAUCAAUAAUAAAAUAAAAUGGAUUUUUUACACAAUGUAUGAUACGUGCUCUUAAUUUUGAAAAUGGUCUAAGUUAUUUCAAGCAUCAUAAAUCAUAUUCUUUUAUAAGUUGCACACAACAUUACACAGUCAUAAUAAAUUCUCAUUCAAGAGUAAAUAUUUUCUGAAAUACUUUGUUACAUAGCAUAAAAAUAUUUUUUAGCCCACUUUCAAAAUUAACGCCACAUAUGUGUCUAAUUUUCCAAUGAUUUUUGUCAUUUGCAACUAUAUUAGCAAGUCUUUCAUAUGAUUUUAAUGAUUAGCCCCUUGGCGUACUAUUUA